AGUAAAUUAUUUUUGUUGUGUAUUGAACUAAAAAUUUAAGUUAACCUUAAAAUUUUAUUUAAAAAAUAUAAAUAAAAUUUGAUGCAAAAUGGCUACUAGUCGCUUAGAAAGAAUUGGUACCAUAUUUACAAGAGUGGAAGGUCUCCUUACUCGUGGGGCAAUGAAACCUGAUGACCGGCCACUAUGGUUUGAUGUGUACAGAGCAUUUCCUCCAAAUGAAGAACCCAAGUUUGCUAGACCUAAGCCUGAAAUGAAAAUUAGACAAAUCCUGUAUAAAGAGGAUGCUAUCAGAGCAAAGUUCCAUUCAGAGGGUCAUGGUAUAGGGAUGAACAUGUUAAAUCCAUCAGGCGAGACACAAACUAAACGGUUAAUACAACAAUAUGAAAAGCUCAAGUCUGAAGGAGUGCCUGAAAAUGAACUUAUUGAAAAGUCAGUUGCUGCAGUUUCUGUCGAGCGCCAGUUAGCUUCCAAAACUAUUCCUAAAAAUCCAGAUUCAGUUACUGCUCAAGUUUUGGGCAGUGCAGACAUAAAAAACAUAUUCAAAGAAUGAAUGUAUAUUUAAUUUGUAUGUUGUAGUUCUUUUUACUUAGUAUAAUAUAUAGAAAGAUUGUUAAAAUAAAGGAGUUUUA